AUGCGUUGUUCAUCAUCCUCCAUAGUCCUUCUUUUGAACUUGGCCUUUGCGCUUUGCGAUGCAGAGCGCUCUAGAGGAUGGAAUCUCAAUAACUUCAAGACGCUAGUCACAUUUGGUGAUAGCUAUACAGAUGAGAACCGAUUGGGAUACUUCAUCAACCACAAUGGCUCCGCGCCGCCUGUUGGAUGGGAACAGCCAGGUCUCAACACCGCUUCAGGUGGCCUCUCUUGGCCCCGCUACGCCUCCCUCUACUCCAACGCCACCCUCUAUAACUACGCCGUCGGCGGCGCCGUCUGCUCCAACUCCAUAACCCCUCGCUUCUUCUCCGCCAUCAACGCACCCUUCCCCUCCAUCACCUCCUACGAGCUCCCCGCCUUCCUCGCAGACUCCAAGCACCGCGUCCCCUCCACCAACAAGAAAUUCUUCACCGGCACCCCCCGCGACACCGUCUACGCAAUCUGGAUCGGCACCAACGACCUCGGUAACAACGCCUUCCUCACCGACUCCCAAGUCGCCGGCAAGACCCUCAAGGACUACGUCGACUGCGUCUACUCCAUCAUCGACACCCUCCACUCCCAGGUCAGCGCCCGCUACUUCGUCCUCUUGAACCUCGCACCCCUGAACCUCCUGCCGCAGUACGCGACCCCUGAAAACGGCGGCUUGCCAGCAACGAAGUUCUUCCCCGAGAAACAGGGCCAAAACAUCACGCAAAUCUCCUACCGCAUCCUCGAAUCCGUCGCCACGGUCAACCAAAUCUUCGCGCACAAGACGCCCUUUGAGACCGAGGUUGCGGACCGCUGGGACGGCGACGUCAAGAUCGCGAAUUUCGACGUUAACGCCCUCAUGACGGAUAUGUACAGGAACCCCAAGAAGUACCUGAAUGGCACCGCCGAGCCGAAUGUCACGGGUGUCGUGAACAAGUGCGAUGUCCAGGGGAAAAAUUGCGUGCUGGCCAAGAGCCCGGAUAGCUUCUUGUGGUUCGAUGAGUUGCAUCCGAGUGAACAGGCGAGUAGGGUUGUUGCGAGGGAGUUUGUCGGCGUGUUGAAGGGCGGGAGUAAGUGGGCCAAGUACUGGGGUUGA